GGGACUGGUUUUCCUUGUCUCACUCUGAACAAGCAAGAGUGCCAUGCUUCCCUUGGUUCCCAUCGAACUCUUCCUUGCUGCCUUGUGUCUCCUGGUCCUGGGGGUCAACCUAUGGGUUCUUUUACAGCACCUCCUCAAAACGGAUAUACCUCCUUCCAUCCCACACCGCAUGAGAUUUCGGAUUCUGCACUACCUUUUUCAACUGACGAUGACAUGGGGGAAUAUACUGGAGAAGCUGAGAAUUUGCUCCAUGCCAAAAUUUUUUCGAUUUCUACACGAUGCGGUGACGAUAAAGAGGAACUAUCAAGUGGUGGUGACAGACCUGUGCUUUGAGGAAGUCCCCGUGAGGCUGUUUCAGCCCAAGGCAACUUCUUCCAGUCUCAGGAGAGGCAUCAUCUUCAUCCACGGAGGGGGUGGAGUGUUUGGCAGCCUGGAUUCCUACCAUACCCUGUGCAGUUUCUUAGCCCAGAAGACAGACUCAGUGCUUCUGGCAGUGGGGUACAGAAAACUUCCUGACUACCCCCACCCUGCUGGUUUGCAGGAUUGCCUGAAUGCCUCAAUCCAUUUCUUGAAGUCUCUGAAAGCCUACGGGGUGGACCCCUCCAGGGUUGUGAUCUGUGGAGAAAGCAUAGGAGGUUCCGCUGCGGCCACCAUCAUCCAGAUUGUAUUGGGCAGACCAGAUCUUCCUCAGAUCCGGGCUCAAGUCCUCAUUUAUCCAAUCCUUCAGACAAUCAACUUCCAGUUACCAUCACAUCUGCAGAACCAAAAUGUUCCAUUCCUCACUAGAGACUUCAUGAUAACCUGCAUUCUUAAGUACUUUAUCAUUGACCCCUCCUGGAAAGAUGCCAUUUUGACAGGAGCUUAUAUUCCCCCAGACACCUGGAUGAAAUACAGGGAAUGGCUCAGCUCUGAUAAUAUUCCCCAAAGGUUCGGGAACAAAAUACAGCAACCUCAGUUUCCUAGGCCUUUUAACAAAUCUGCCUAUCUAGAACUCAAACAGUUUAUGGACAUAAGCAUUUCACCCCUUGUGGCAGACAAUGAAGUCAUUGCCCAGCUCCCAGAGGCAUUGCUGGUGAGCAUUCACUGGGAUGUUCUCCGAGAUGACAUUUUGCUCUACAAGAAGCGCCUGGAAGACCACGGGGUCCCUGUGACCUGGUACAAUGUAGAGGAUGGCUUUCAUGGAUGUAUAUUCUUGUUUGAUAAGUUUUUCUCUUUCCCUUGUUGCUGGACAAUAAUCAAUGCCAUUGUGAGUUUCAUAAAGGGAAUUUGAAGGUUUGCACACAGGAUGAGUGGUUGAACACUCACCGGCUGCACAUAAGGUUCUGAACUAAAUACCUAGCACUGUAGACUGUCAGAAU